AUGACUUCCCAAGAACCAUUAAAGGCAGCUCGUUUAGAGAUUCACUGGCAUGAUAAUAACUUGCCGGUAUACUCGGUUGAUUUCCAGCGGGCUGUGAAGGGUGGUCACUCGCCCAGGCUGGCCACGGGAGGUGGUGAUAAUAAUAUCAGGAUAUGGAGGCCCAUCUACUCGGAAGACGGGACAUCCAUCAAAUCAAUGGAGUACCUCUCCACGCUGGCCAAGCACACCCAGGCAGUCAACGUGGUGAGAUUUGAUCCCAAGGGCGAAUUACUGGCUUCCGCUUCAGAUGAUGGCACUGUUAUGAUAUGGCAUCUUUCCGAUACCAUUGUAAAGGUGUUUGGGGCAGAAGAUGACGAUGAAGUCAAAGAAAGCUGGCUCACCAAGCACACGUACAGAAACUCCACCAGUGAGGUGUACGACCUGUCGUGGUCUCCAGAUUCGAAGUAUAUCACAGUUGGAUCGAUGGAUAACGUGAUACGGAUUUACAAUGUUGCAACUGGACAACAAGUCAAACAGAUUGCGGAACACAACCAUUACGUCCAGGGCGUGACCUGGGAUCCACGGAACGAGUACAUUGCCUCUCAAUCGGCCGAUAGAUCUGUUCACAUUUACAAGCUGAAUGCUUCAGCAGAUGGACUAAGUCUUGCACCCACAACCUACUUCAAGAUCACGAAAGGGGACAUUCCUACGCACCGUAUUACGAACCCACCUCUGACUUUCGAGAAUCUGAGGACGAAGGACCAUGGCACAUACUUGAUGGAACCACCCCAUUCCACCCACAAAAGACGAUUGUCAUCCUCUUCUACUGGCUCCAAUACUACCACCACCACCACAAUGCCAGCGAGAUCCAUGUCACCUUCGCCGAGCAUUCAACCGCUCCCAGCUGUGAGACCAAUGGAUCCACCACCUGGAUCCAGUGCUUCUGGAUCAUACAGGUCUUCUUCCCUGUAUCAUAAUGACACACUUCAGUCGUUUUUCAGGCGGUUGAGCUUCUCGCCCGACGGUUCGCUGUUGCUGACAGCUUCUGGUAUUUUCAGGACUACUACCACGGCAGUUGAAGAGACAGAAGCUCCGCCCACUCCUGACUAUUCUGGCGCUGGUUCUUCUGGGGCAGCUGUAGGUGGAGCUGCCACUCAUGUUCCGCCCUCUACUUCAGUCACCACUAUGAACACUGUCUACAUCCACACCAGAGCAGGUCUGAAUCGGUCGCCUGUUGCCCAUCUGGUUGGGCUAAAAAAGCCUGCUAUCGCAAUCAGAUUCUCUAAUGUGAUAUACAAACUCAUACAAGACGAGGCUUCGGAGGUGAUAAACCUGCCGUACAGAAUGAUCUUUGCGGUUGCUACGCAGAACUCCGUGGUAAUUUAUGACACCCAACGUGUCAAACCGCUUGGAUACGUUUCGAAUAUUCACUAUGCCGUGAUCACAGACAUUUGCUUUUCCAAUGAUGGAAAAACGUUGGUAGUUUCAUCGGCUGAUGGGUUCUGCUCCUACGUGAUCAUUGCCGAUUCGCUUUUGGGGGAACCCCACGAAGACAAUCUGACCAAUUUGAUGAAACGGACACAGCCUCUCCAGCAGCUUCAGUCGCCUGUUAUGUCACCGCCUAUAGCUCCAAAUCCCACCACAGUGAUGGAACUGCUCCAAUUACAGCCGGAGAAGAGCUCUAGUAUUGAGGUGAUCGACAUUACUGAGCCCUCGUCUUUCGAUGAAACACCGCCCAUAAGUGCGGAGGCAAGGACACAGAAUAUGCUAGAAGAGGACAAGGAGAAAGAGAAAGAGAAGAAGAAAAAGAGGAGGGUUGCUCCUACGUUGGUGGAGAAGAAGGAAUGA